AUGAGCGCCGCAACAACAACGCAAGAGACGACGGUUAGAGAGGCUGUGCCGGACCAGCAAGAGCAAGGACAAUGGGAGCAGAGCCAUGGCGGUGGCGGUGGCGACGACGACGACGAGAAGACGUCUCUUGCGGCUGUCCAACUCUGGUGGCAGCGCAACAGGGCGUGGGUGCUGGUCCUGGCGGCCGAGAGCUUCGGCGCGUGCAUGGCCGCGACGGCGAGGCUACUGGAGGAUGAUGAGAAAGGCGCGGCCAUGCACCCGAUGCAGAUCAUUUUCGUUCGCAUGGCCUUGACGGGCAUCCUGAGCACGAUUUACAUGCGCGCGACGAACGUUCGGGACUUCCCAUGGGGACCGCCAGACGUGCGGUGGUGGUUGGUGCUGAGAGGGCUGACGGGUUUCUUCGGACUCUCAGCCUUCUACUGGGCGCUGCAGUACCUCCCCCUAGCAGAAACGACCGUCAUCAGCUUCCUCACGCCCAUGAUGAUCCCCUGGGCCGGCGCCCUGCUUUUCCACGAGCGGCUGUCCAAGAAAGUCGUGCUCGCCGGCCUCGUCUCCUUCGCCGGCGUCAUCAUCAUCGCGCGGCCGCCCUGGCUCUUCCCUUCCACUCAGAGAAGCAGCCACGACGACGACGACAACAACGACGACGGCAGCAACUCGGCGGCCAUGCGCACGCUCGCCGUGACGCUGCUGCUCAUGGGCGCCUUCACCGCCACCAUCUCCUACACCGUCAUCCGGGGCAUCGGCCACCGGGCCCACGCCCUCAUCAGCGUCAACUACUACUCGCUCGUCUCGACGGCCGGGUCCGGCCUCUUCCUGCUCUUCGCGCCGGGCGUCGACUUCGUGCUGCCCGCCGGCGUCCGCCAGUGGGGCCUGCUCGGCGUGAUUGGCUUCUCGGGCUUCUUCCUGCAGUUUUUGCUGACGGCGGGGCUGCAGCACGACAAGAGCGCGUUGGCGACGACCAUGAUGUAUUCGCAGGUGCUGUUUGCGCUCGUGUUUGAUCGGUGGAUCUGGGGGAGCGUGCCGCCGUUGGCGAGCUGGUGUGGCGGGGCGGUGGUGUUGGCGAGCACGGUUUAUGUGGCCGUGUGGGGGAGUGGUGGGCACGGCGAGGAUGAGAGCGGGGCUGGGAAGGAGGCGGCCGUGGUGGCGGAUGAGGAGACGGGGCUGCUUGCUGGCCAUCGGAGGGAUGAGACCGAUGCGGAGACGGCGAAUCUGGUGAACGAAUGA